CUGCUCUUUCAAUUGAGAUCUACCAUUUUUUGUUUAUAAAUAUGAGAAACACCCAAUAUACAUUUUCUUAUUUUUCAUAUUUUUCAGUAUUGUCCAUAUGGCCCAUUAACUAAUAUUCUUAAAGAUGAGAAAGUGGUUCAACCGGUACGAAUUGUUUCAUGGGCCAAGCAAAUUGCGCUUGGUAUGCAGUACUUACAUUCCCAUAAAAUCAUACACCGAGAUCUGAAAAGUCCUAAUAUUUUGAUUGGAACUAAUGAGAUCGUUAAAAUCAGUGAUUUUGGUACAAGCCGUGAAUGGAAUGAAAAAAGUACAAAAAUGAGCUUUGCUGGAACAGUAUCCUGGAUGGCACCCGAAGUGAUACGAAAUGAACCAUGUUCAGAAAAAGUUGAUAUAUGGUCCUAUGGAGUUGUAUUGUGGGAAAUGCUUACAUGUGAAAUUCCAUAUAAAGAUGUUGAUUCUUCUGCUAUUAUAUGGGGUGUUGGUAAUAAUUCAUUGCAUUUACCAAUUCCAUCUACAUGUCCCGAAGGCUUCAAAUUGAUUGUAAAACUUUGCUGGAGUGUGAAGCCUCGAAAUCGUCCCUCGUUCAAAAUUUUAUUAAAUCACUUGGAAAUAGCUGGACCUGAGCUACUGAAGCAAUCUGACGCAGUAUAUUUUGAAACACAAAAAUCAUGGAAAGAAGAAGUUCGAUCUCAUAUGAUGCGAAUUACUCAAAAUGGUACUAAUAUUCAUAAAUUUGAGCAAGAUUUGAUACGAAAACGUACCGCAGAAUGGAAACACGCGCAGGACAUACGGCUAAUUUAUCAGGAAAAAUUGGAAAAAACUAAUAAACUGUUCGCUGAAUUAACUGACCUAAUGCUUUAUUUACAAGAGCGGGAACGUGAAAUUGUAAAGCGUGAACGCAAAUAUUUCCCUGUCCAUAACAAAAUGUCAAAAAGAACGACAAAUACCUUUCGAAGGAUAUACAAACAAAAUAAUUUAUUAUAUGAGCAAGAAUAUCCGGUAGCAGUAAGACCAUCAAUUUUAUCAGAAACGAGAUCAAUUGCAGUUGGAGCACCUUCAAAGAAUCCAAUGACACUAACUCCUUCGAUUUCUAUCAGUCCCAAAAUGUCCAAUCAAAAGAAAAAUCGAUACCGAUCCACUGAUAAUUUUAUUUCACCAUCAAAACAAAUGGACCGUCGGAAUGUUAAAAUGGUCCACAUGGAAACUCAAACCGACAUAAUAGAUGACCCAGAAUUCACUCUGAAUGUUUCAAUGUUAAAUAAUGAAGCUCCAGAAGAUGUGCCUUUGAAACUUUUAAAUUCACCAAUAUCAAAUAAAUACAAUGAAAGCACAGUCAUAGGAAAAUCUGAUUCACAUAGUGAAAAUUGUCUCAAUGGCAAUGUUAUCAUAACACAAAACCAUAAACUGAAGAACUCUUUUUCUGAUGAGCAAUUUAUUUAUGAUUACAUGAAUAGUAAUGAGCAAUUAAAUAUUCGUGAAAGCAGCGAUGAAGAUAAUGUGGACAAUUUGAAUUGUCGGGUUAGUCAAUUUUUUACGCAGAAUCGAUUACUACAGCCGACAGAUAAUGGAAAUGGAUCUAUGAUUGACAACCGUUUGUUAUUUAAUAUUAUGGCAUCGCGUAGAAGCUGCAUUAGCAUUAAUGACAAGGAUGAAGUGACAAUUUUAAGUCGAAGUAAUGCUGAAAUUAUGAAUUAUAAAAUUAGUGACCAUAAUUGCAACAAUGAUGAUGGUGAUGAUAGUUGGACUGAUGAAGAAGGUGAAGAAUCUGAUCGUAUAUAUUCACUACGGAGAAAAAGUUUUGCACGAAUGCCAAUCGGUCGUACACGUAAAAGUAAAUUACAAAUAUCAAAUGUAUCGUCAAACUUCUCUUCAUCGCCCCAUACCACGGGUACAAUUCAAGGUAUAAUCACUUGAAAUUACUAUUAUUACCAUUAGUCAAUAAUUACUAUCAAUUCUUUCCAUAAUUUUUCCAUUAUUUGCAUUAUAUGCAUUUCAAAUAAUCACAAAAUCUAUAAAAAUAAGAACAAUUUGCAAUUAUUAAAACAAAAGUUGCGACAGCAAAGAAAUUGCCUAAAAAUUGAGAUUUGAUUGUUGAUAGUAGUAGUGAUGGAGAGCAGAACUAUAUAAAAUCGAAUGCCAUAGUCUGAGUGUGUGUAUUCAUCGGCAUCGUAACACAAAACAGAACGCCAGGGCUUCAUUUCACUUCUCGUUAGUAACACAAACUGUGCGAACAUUCUGAACAGAUUCACA